AUGACCAAAUCCGCAAUCGAUACCCCCGCGACGAACCUGGCUCCGAAGAGUGAGGGCUCUGCCUCUAGCUCGGGGGGAAAAGAAACAGAGAAACAGGAGCAAGGCGUUUCGAAACAGAUCGAUGACAAACAAGAUGUUCAAGAUGUUACGCUUGAGAAGGGGGUCGACGCGGCUGGGGAAAGUUCAGAAGACGGAGGGAAUUAUCUUCCUAUGGGGCCUCGACUAUACAUGAUCACUUUGAGUCUCAUGCUGGGUGUCUUCUGCGUUGCCUUAGACAACAACAUCAUCGCAGUAGCCAUCCCCCGCAUCACCGACGAAUUCCACGCCUUAAACGAUGUCGGCUGGUACGGCUCCGCCUAUCUUCUACCAGGCUGCGGUUUCCAGCUCUUAUUCGGAAAAUUCUAUUCUCUAUUCAGCGUCAAAUGUGUCUACCUCUCCGGCCUGCUCCUCUUCGAGAUCGGAACAGUAAUAUGCGGAGCGGCGCCCAAUUCAAUUGCGCUUAUAGUUGGGCGCGCCAUCGCGGGCGUUGGAAGCUCAGGCUUGUUCACUGGAGCAAUGUUGACAAUCGCGCACACGGUGCCGCUAGCUAAGCGUCCUGCGUUUAUGGGUAUAGUGGGGGGAGUUUAUGGAAUUGCUUCUGUGGUUGGUCCGCUGAUCGGAGGAGCUUUCACGGACCACGUUACUUGGAGAUGGUGCUUUUUCAUCAACCUACCCUUUGGUGGCAUCACGACAGCUGGAGUCCUGUUCUUUUUAAAUUUAAAAGAGAAACCUGUGGCUGCUCAAGAGCCAUGGACGGUCAUUUUGAGGAAGCUCGAUCCCAUCGGAAGCCUGCUGUUCGUCCCAGCGAUCAUCUGUCUUCUCCUCGCACUACAAUGGGGAGGCGUGACUUACGAAUGGUCGAAUGGAAGAGUCAUCGCCUUGCUGGUUGUUUUCGUCAUAGCCCUGCUUGCGUUCAUCGUUUUGCAGCUAUUUAUCGGCGACGAUGCUACUGUACCAGCGAGGAUUGCUUCGCAGCGCAGCAUGGCUUUCGCCUCGCUGUUCAGCUUUUGUCUGGGUGCCUCUUUUUUUAUUGUGACUUACUAUAUACCAAUAUGGUUUCAAGCUAUCAAAGGUAAAAAGCCCGUCGUCUCCGGCAUCGACUUCCUCCCUUUCAUCCUCCCAGAAAUUGUAGGCGUCAUACUUUCCGGCGGCCUAGUUUCAGCAUUCGGCUACACGAACCCUUUCUUCAUCGCCAGCAGCAUCAUGAUGAGCAUAGCAGCCGGUCUGUGCACGCUCUUCACCGUCGAGACAUCACAAGCUGCUUGGGCUGGCUAUCAAUUCCUAUGGGGCAUCGGAAUCGGGAUCGGUUUUCAGCAAGGCACUGUGACUGCGUCGACAGUGCUGGCAUAUAAUGAUAUUGCUGUUGGCACGGCUAUGGUUCUGUUCGCGAAUCUCUUUGGGGGGGCUGUGUUUGUGGCUGUGGCGCAGAACCUCUUUGCGAGUCAUUUGAUUGACAAGCUGCUGGCGCUCGAUUUACCUGGGGUUGAUCCGCAAGUUAUUCUCCAUGCUGGCGCCACGAACUUGCGGACUGUUGUUGGGCCUGAGAAUUUAGCACGUGUGCUUGUGGAGUAUAAUGAUGCGAUUGUGCAGACGUUCCGGCUGGGGAUGAUUAUGUCUUGCAUUAGCAUUAUUGGAGCUAUCGGGGUGGAAUGGAAAAGUGUUAAGAAGUAA